GAAACUCGUGCGUCAUUUCGUAGAAAACUUGCCUGUGUGUCGCAUUGAAAACAUUACGUAGCACAGUGUCAAGAAUUUGCAGCGAUGUUCAGCUUAUUAACUUUAUACAACUUAGUUGCUAUUACUAGUUUCAUUAGCGGCGUAUAUGAAGGGCUCUCCCACGAUAGAAGCAACGAAGUCGACAUAAUCAUUCUGCCCUCUGAAGCUGAAAUAGAACGAGCGAGUUCUCUCGCCAAUAAUAAAUUCCCGGAUGAUUUCUACUUUGGAGUAGCCAGUUCGGCGUACGAGUGUGAGGGUGCGUGGAACGUUGAUGACAAAGGCGAAUCUGUGUGGGACUAUAUGACACAUUCGAAUCCAGCUUUAAUUUCGGGUUACUCUAAUGGAGACGUUUCGAGUGAUUUUUAUCAUAAAUACCUAGAAGAUAUUCAACUGGCGAGUGCCAUGGGCCUCACCAUGAUGAGAAUUUCACUGUCCUGGAGCAGAAUAUUACCGGACGGUUACACCAAUCGCGUCAGCUCGAGCGGCGUGGCGUUCUACGAUAAUGUAAUCACCGAGAUGCUCGCUAACAACAUCACGCCGAUGGUUUCGUUAUUCGACAAUGACAUGCCGUAUCGCUUGCAACAGCUGGGCGGUUGGGCGAACCCCGUUAUAAUAGAUAUCUUCGUGGAUUACGCCAACUUCGUUUUCACGUUAUUCGGAGACAAGGUAAAAUACUGGGCCACUGUGAACGACGCUGCUAAGAUGUGUCGAUACGGAUACGGUGGAACAUAUAUUCCAUCUAUAAAUUUGUCAGGCGUUGCGGAUUAUUUAUGCGGCCACCACGUGUUAUUGGCUCACGCUAAGGUUUACAAGCUGUAUCACCAGACAUACGACGGCAAAUUAGGGAUACUCAAUUAUUAUACAUGGUUUGAGCCCGCGCAAAAUUAUUUAAAUGCGGACAAUAUCGCUGCGGAGCUGGCACAUAUAUUCUACAAUGAUUGGCUCACGCAGCCAAUAUUCGGUCGCAGCGGUGAUUACCCGCAAAUCAUGAAGAUGUCAAUAGGGUUGAACAGCUACGUCCAGAAUUUCUCCCAGUCGCGCCUCCCGACUUUCUCGUUCUCGGAUGUUACUUACGUCCAGGGGUCUGCGGAUUUCCUGGGGAUCAAUUAUUACACCGCGGUCAGUGUGAAAAAUAAUGCAAAUGUCACGGAGAAUAUAUCAUUUGACAAAGACGCGGACAUCCGCAUAAUCAAGAAUACAAAUUGGUUCGGCGAAAUGGAUAUUAAGAACACACCGUGGGGUUUGACUAACUUAUUGCACCGUUUGCACGACAGUUACUUGUUGCCCGAAAUUUGGAUCACAGGAAACGGUUAUGCGAAUUCCGGAGACAACCUAGACUUCGACAGAGCAAGCUAUCAUCAUGAUCACUUGAACGCGGUUUUGAAGGCCAUGCAAAACGGCAUCGACAUAAAAGGCUAUCUGGUGAAAUCUCUGACGGAUGGCUUCGAAGGCAUGAACGGAUACGAGAUGAAGUUCGGUUUGGUGAGUGUCGAUUUCAAUGAUCCUAAUCGCACUAGAACGUUGAAGUCAUCGGCCGCUGUGAUAUACGACAUUUCUACAACAAAGCAAAUAAAGCCGCUGAAAGAAAUCUUCGAUGCGUUCGUGGAAAAAUUGAACUUGUUGUUGUAAGUCGUGACACGAGUACUUGAUAAGCUAUUGAGCAGAUGUGAUCGUCACAUGAACACGUUGUCUACUGCGUUGUGACUUUCGUUGACAAAAGCUUAACUAAUUAUUGAAUUACGAAAGAUACAACAAAUAAAUAACCAAGUAGGAUGA